AUGCCCAUCGCUAAGCCAUUGAUCUAUCUAGUUUCUCAAAAUAUUGCUCCCGAGAUGGUGAUUGUUGACGAUCACAAUAAUGGGUGGCGACAUAUGAUUCUUCCAAUAGCCCAUCGCGAUGAACUGGUUAUGAACGCGGUCCUUGCAGCAUCUGCAUUCCAUCUAUCCAGCAGAAGAGGCUGCGGACCCCAGGAUGCUGCUAAACUUUAUACAAUGGCCAUCCGAGAGCUCCAAAAGAAAAGGUCUAUCGACAAAUAUGAUCUGGAAACACAGCAUGUCAUCAUUCUAACAAUACUUGUUCUUCUCGUGGCUUUGAUGGUGAACGGGUCCUCGGAUUUUCCCAUCGUGUUUCACGUGUUGCAAUUUGCUUUGCAAGCUAUUGGCGGCGACUCAAAGCUUGCAGAGGGAGAUUUGGCCCAGUUCCUUCUACGGCAAAUUCACAAGAUAAGAGUUUACGGAGCGCCGUUCAUAAGUCAGGACGUGGGCACAAGCACCCUUAUAUUUGAAGGCCAACAGAGUUUUGAUUGCCUCGAGUACUAUCGUCAUCUCUAUCCCACAUAUUUCGACUCUUUUGACCGAAUCGCGAGCCUGAGGCAACAAGCAUAUGACAUUUACCUCUAUCGAGCAUCCCUAGGAGAUGAUGGAGCACCAUCGACGCACCUAGUAGAAGAUUUCAAAUCGACUCUCGAGCAGAUCCCCAAGGGAUCGCUAGGCGAGCAUUCUCUUAUCUGGGCGUGUUUUAUUGCUGCGUCCGAGAGUCACUCGCUUGAGCACCAGUUGUUCUUUGAUACCUUUUUGAAAAGACAAUUCAGUCGCAGUGGGUUUGUCAAUAUUUUGAGAGCUUUGGAUCUGCUUCAGGAAAUUCGGAAGAAGCGAAAACGUGAGAACUGGACGAAAUUGUUGCCUGAACCGCAGGUAUUCAUUAUGUGA